AUGACCCAUUGUAAACACACUGGCUGGCUGCGCGUGGCCACCAAAGACCAGGCGUACUUCGUCGAAGGCUCGGGUCGUGCCCAGAGACUGCUGGACGGUCUGCCACGCCCGGAUGGCCAAUACCCGAGUAUUCUCGUGCUGAUUGGAAACACGACCAAGCGGGUUGCCCUGCAAAGACUCGGUGUGUACAUCACUGCGCCCAACACGGCCCGGGGCCACGGCGAGAUCCAUCUUAACCUGGCUCCUGUCGGCGCGUCCGGCGCAAGGCCGACGCUGAUUGCCGAUGCCGACAUCCCGCCUCAUAAGCGGCUCGGCAGGCCGAGAAAAUCUACGCUUUGCCAUGAAGUGGUAGUAAGGCCACUGUCGAUCUCUCACGGCGGGAACAUCUCCACAAUGCCGUCCGCGAUGCCGUCUGCGAUGUCGCCCACGACCUUAGAAGCUAGCGAUCAUGUCUGUAAUCGCAUGCUUCUCCCGUUUGCUGAUGCUGUGUGUUUCUUUGCCGACGACAUCGGCGGCGUAGAGGUCGUCGCCCAGCGUCUUGCGUCAUGGCUGAGCCUGAGUACGCCGUCCACAUCGUCGGUGC